GAAGUCCCACGUUCGACCUCCCGGUCAAACACUUCCUGUUAGUGUGCUACUGGCAGGGAGCUAACGACUGACAUUUAAAGCCGAACUUCUGUGUUUUUAUUUGCUGCAUUUGUUACAGCUAACAUGUUUUUAGUAAAUCUUUGUGCUCCGAACAACCUGUUAUUACGGUGUAUUCGCCCUCUGUUCGCGCGGACACACACUGCGGGGCUCGGACAGCCGUCGCUGCUCCACACUCACGCCGCUCAGAUGAACUCCAACAGGACGUCGGUGGUGCGCUGUGCGCGGCAGAAGUAUGAGCGACUCUACCAAGUUAUGCUCGUCCGCCCUGAUGGCGCCGCGGUCAACAUCAGAUACAAAGAACCCAGACGCAUCCUCGUGAUGCCAGUAAAUCUGGCCACUCUGUCUGAAGAGGAGCGUCGCGCUCGACACAAAAAGAGAGAAGGGAAGAAGAAAACAAAAGAAACGACAAUCCACUACGAAGAUGACUUCCAAGCGGAUAAAUACAGCCACUUGUGGAAGAAGAAAUAGUUUUAUAUGUGACUGUAUGUGUGACUAAGACAACGCUCCCAAACAGAGACUCUCUUCAAACUCUCAUUCAUCCACAUACAGUAGAAAGCUGUGUGAUAUUUUUUUUCAAAACAAAUUAAAAGUGAACUGAAAUGGGAGGAAAGGUGUGUUAUGUCAUGACUAUGUGUGUGAUGGAACUGUGCUGUUGUCUUGCUGUCCUAGAAGAAAAUUCCACAGUGUUGCCAUGUCAUUGCUGAGGUGACUUGAAUUAAAGCUUUUUGUUGGAUGGUC